ACUUGAGACUAUAAAAUGAAGGAACUUUGUGUAACCGGGACGCACUUUCUGUCUGACAUUCCGCGUGGAGAGGUCGCGCACACGGGCUCGACUCUGUUCCGUGUCUUCACCGUUUCCCCGAUCGUUUUCCUGGAGCCCGCUUGGAGCACGUAUUGAAGCCGAAAACCUCGCUCCACUCGCCGGGUACAGAGCACAGCCAUGGCGGGGGACGGCUCGGACCAGCGGGCGCUACAGUAUGAACAAACUUUGAUGUAUGGGCGCUACACCCAGGAGCUGGGGGUGUACGCCAAAGAGGAGGCAGCUCGCAUCAGGGAGAGCGGACAGAGGAGGUCGCUGAGUGAACGCAGUCUGCACGAGUACAAGGGACGCUGUGCCAAGUGUCGCAGGUCGGGCUAUCCCUAUGUUCUGGACAGUCCGGCUCGGAACUUUCUCACUGUUUGUACAGUGCGCUGUCAGAAGUUCCUGAUCUCGCGCGUCGGGGAGGACUGGAUCUUCCUCAUCCUGCUGGGCCUGGUCAUGGCUCUGGUCAGCUGGGUCAUGGACUAUUGCAUCGCCAUCUGUCUGCAAGCUCAGAAAUGGAUGUACGGAGGUUUGGACAGUAACGUUUUCCUUCAGUACCUGGCGUGGGUCACCUAUCCUGUGGUCCUCAUCACCUUUUCAGCUGGAUUCACUCAGAUCCUCGCCCCACAGGCUGUCGGCUCCGGUAUCCCUGAAAUGAAGACCAUCCUGAGAGGAGUAGUGCUAAAAGAAUACCUCACCUUCAAAACAUUUGUGGCCAAAGUGAUCGGCCUGACCUGUUCUCUGGGCAGUGGGAUGCCUCUGGGAAAGGAGGGGCCGUUCGUUCACAUAGCCAGUUUGUGCGCUGCUCUUCUCAGCAAGUUCAUGUCUUUGUUUGGAGGGAUUUAUGAGAAUGAGUCCAGAAAUAUUGAGAUGCUGGCAGCUGCCUGUGCCGUGGGAGUGGGCUGUUGCUUCGCUGCCCCUAUAGGAGGUGUCUUGUUCAGUAUUGAAGUAACAUCCACUUUCUUCGCCGUGAGAAACUACUGGAGAGGGUUCUUCGCUGCUACUUUCAGUGCCUUCAUUUUCAGAGUUUUGGCUGUUUGGAAUAAAGAUGAAGAAACCAUCACGGCUUUGUUCAAAACCAGAUUUCGCCUGGACUUCCCCUUUGACCUCCAGGAGCUGCCGGCUUUUGCAGUUAUUGGAAUUGCCAGUGGUUUCGGCGGGGCCUUGUUCGUCUACCUCAACCGUCUGAUUGUCCAGUUCAUGAGGAACCAAAAGACUAUCAACAAAUUCCUCAUGAAAAAACGUUUGUUAUACCCUGCACUGGUCACUUUACUCAUCUCCACCCUGACGUUCCCUCCAGGCUUUGGACAAUUCAUGGCCGGCAAGUUGACCCAGAAGGAGUCUCUGGUCACUCUGCUGGACAAUCGCACAUGGUGUAAACAGGGCAUCGCAGAGGAGUUCGACUACUUGGGAAACGCCCAGGCCUGGCAGCACCCACAGGUCAACGUCUUCGUCACCCUCGUCAUAUUCAUCGUCAUGAAGUUCUGGAUGUCAGCUCUGGCCACUACCAUCCCAGUACCCUGUGGAGCCUUCAUGCCAGUGUUUGUCAUUGGGGCGGCGUUUGGGCGUCUGGUGGGUGAGAGCAUGGCAGCCUGGUUCCCAGAUGGCAUUCACAUGGACGGCACCAUCUACAACAUAGUGCCAGGAGGAUACGCUGUCGUGGGUGCUGCGGCCCUGUCUGGAGCGGUCACCCACACGGUCUCCACGGCGGUGAUUGUGUUUGAGUUGACGGGUCAGAUUUCUCACAUCCUCCCGGUGAUGAUCGCUGUGAUCCUGGCCAACGCCGUGGCUCAGGCCCUCCAGCCCUCUCUGUACGACUCCAUCAUCAGGAUCAAGAAACUGCCCUACCUCCCCGAGCUCGGCUGGGGACACCACGAAAAGUACAACAUCCGUGUGGAGGACAUCAUGGUACGAGACGUGAGGUACAUCACUCUGAACUGCACCUACAGAGACCUGCACAGUGUCCUGCUCACCGGCCAGCUCAAGACUCUGGCUCUGGUCGAGUCCGCUGAGUCGAUGAUCCUGUUGGGGUCCAUUGAGCGCGCCCAGCUCCAGUCCCUCCUGUCACAGCAGCUCGGUCGCCCCCGACGACUGGAGUACAUCAAGGAGCGCGCAAACGAAGACAAGAAGAAACGUUUGUCUGUGGAGUCCAAUCAGACCAGCGAUGACCACAGCCAGCGUGCCAGUCAGGAAGUCCGCUUUCAGAUCUCCACCGAGGAGUCGUCCGUGAGUCCCUCUCGCACUAGUCUCCAGAAGCCCCUCAAACCUGCCUUAAAAAGAUCGUCAACGGUGGAGCGACCAACAGAGCUCCCAACAAGUCCACAGGAUCAUUCAGGAAUCGCUUUGAAGAAUUUGUUUUGUGCCAGUCCAGACGCCGAAGCUUUAGAGGAUGAUGGAGAUGUGGAGGACGAUAUGACCAUGAGAGAGAUUGCAGAGUGGGAGGAGAUGCAGCUUGAUGAGCAGGUCAACUUUAACAACUGUAAGAUUGACCCCGCCCCCUUCCAGCUGGUGGAGCGCACGUCUCUGCACAAGACGCACACCAUUUUCUCUCUGCUCGGGUUGGACCACGCCUACGUCACCAGCAUCGGGCGUCUCAUCGGAGUAGUGUCUCUAAAAGAGCUCCGCAAAGCCAUUGAGGGCUCCGUGACAGUGAAGGGGGUGAAAGUGCGCCCCCCUCUGGCCAGUUUCCGAGACAGCGGCACCAGCAGCAGCGAGACCGAAGCCACGGAGCUCCACAAACUCUGGGACCGCCACAAGACCAUGACCCUGCCUCGCGAAAACACAACCUCCUCCGAAUCGGACGAGAAAUCCCACUGAAGAACAAACGGCACACGCAAAAGGAAAAGGAGGAGAAGAGGAGGAAAGGGGGGAGGAAGUUAGGUCUCCCAAUCUCCCAAAGCUACACAACAUGCAAAAUUCCUCAGGGCUUAGGAUCUACAUUUAAUCCUACGAGUUUCCCAGCUACUUCAGCCUAUUUUAUCCAUCCUAACUCCUCUUUUUUCUCCUUCGUAAAAGCCCACUCCACACCUCCCUGCUCCACUGUUGUAGACUGUGAUUGGAGCGCUGGGGGGUCUUCCAAGGGACUUCACGCAUUCAAGAAGGGAUGUUUUUAUUAUCUGACUUUAUAUUAUGUCGAGCUGGUUUGAUCAAAUCUGCAAAAGUCUUGAAUGAGUCUUCCAUUUGAAAUACGUUUGUGCGUCUUGUAUGAUUGAAGCUGCAUGUUUUUGUCCGAGGAAAGCGUAGAACUACUUUUCAGAGUAUUUUUAUUAUCUUUAACUGAUCAAAUGCACUGGGUUUAACUGGACUUAACUUUGUUCAUUUGUAGUUUCAAGCAAUGGACCAUACAGUGACGCUUGCCUUAUAUACACAACUGGAGCAUGAUUUUACCUUUCUAUCGUGUACAUACUUCCUUAAGGCUUUAGCAAUUUCUAUUUUUACUGUAACAAAAACACUAAGAGCUAUGCAAGUUUUGCCUGUUAGGUAGGUUCAUACAGACUCCAUUGUCCCGCUGAAUUAGUCCUUCACCGUAAAGUUUAAACAGCGAUUUUUAACCAUAGGGGUGGCUCUCUAGAGUAAAGCCAUUCGCAUCUCCUCGAGGGCCCCACAAUCAGAAGAAUAUAACAUGUUUAAUAUGUGAUUGGGCCCCUGGUUACACCGUAAACGAACAGUCAGGCCCCGAGGUCGAGAAUAACUCGUGGUUUAAAGGACACAUAUUAUCCUAAAUUGAUGUAUUUUUAAGCUUUUUUGAGUGAUAAUGUUGUUCCCUCAUCAAAAACAUACCAGGGAUUUUGUAUUUACUUUUAUUCACACAAUUUUUAACAGGAUUGUGACGUCAGAGGUAGAAACCUGAAGCCUCCCGUGCUGUUUUUAAGUCCGUAAAUCAACGCCGGGCUUGUUCUGAGCGUUUCUCUCAUCAAAUCAUGCUCAUUACAACUUAGAGUGCCGGGUACGUUGCUAUAAUACCGAGCUUUUGUUUGUUUUUUCCACGGUAAUUGUCGCUGUUGGGGUAGAUUGUUGUGUAGCGUGAACAACAAAUCCAAAUGAGGGAGCACAGGCUGAAUCAACUUUGUGAUUUUGUUCCACCUAGGUAUUAUUUGAAGCUGAAGUUGAAGCAUAACAUAGCUCAGGUGACCAGGUGUCCUUAUUUACCCGGGACAGUCCCAGUUUUGAGCUCUGUGUCCCCUGUCCCAGCAAAGUUGUCCCAGUUUUAUACAAGAAAUGUCCCACAUGUAUCUAUUUUUGACCAAUUUGACACCUGCCAACAGUAAAGAGAGGUAUACUUUGUGAUUUGUUAGGUAAAAUACAGAGAAGCUGCUUAAAAAUGACCAAAACACAAAGAAAACUAUACUGACUCACAUUAGUGCCAAGUGCGUAACAAUUUUUCUGAAUUACGCGCUCGUUUCACAGUUUUAUUAUUGCGAACCAACUCAAACCAGGGAUGGCCCAGUUUUUUUAUUUGAAAACCAAAGUAAAGGCGCUCAAGGGCGUGUUUAAAGUCCAAAAACGGUACAAAAAAGCAUAAUAUGUGUUCUUUAAUUCCACUUGUGCUUGGCGUUAAGAGGAGGGGGCGACUACAGUGCGGCGCCCGGGGACCCGUAUCCUAUUAGGCCACCGUGCAGGUUUGAGUGUAGUCACCUGUGGCACUCCUUUUAGAGCCAAGUCGUUACAUAAACAUUACAUGGACACACAUGGCUCCAACAGCAGGUUUCAGCCCAUCUAAAUAUAGACGGUAAUAAGCGCUCCGGAGGAGGCUGUGCGGAUGGAGAGGGCAGGAAGUGAGACGGAGCGAGCGAGGGAGGGAGGAGAGAGAGAGAAAGAGAGGAGGAGAAAGACGGGUAAGCAGGGGGGAGGGAGGGAGAGGAGAAAAAGGGGAGAGAUGAAGACGGGAAAGAAAGAGGGGAGCAAGGGAGAGAUAGAAAGAGGGGAGAUUGAGGAGAGGGAGG